AUGUUGUUGGACAGAGACGAAAUUGUCGCAAUGAAUGCAGGAGAAGCACUGGUUGUAAAUCUUUUUAAGCCUGUCACACCAUCGCACAUUUAUUACGAGCAUUCUGUGGACAUGCUAUCGUUAUUGACCGGUAAAAGUGGGGGAUCAGCUCAUGUUUGUCAUGCCAUAUUCGGCAAAUAUAGUGCCAGUAUCAAAGAAAGUAAAUUGUGA